GGAGGACUUGCCGACUACUGUGUCAGCCUAUCUGACUACUGUGACAGCCUAUCUGAAUGCCGUCUCCUAUUGACGAACACUGAGCUUUACGUGGGUCUUGUUGUUGCCUUUUGCCUUUAUUUUUACAUGUCGUCUGGCACGUCCAGAAAAAGGGGUUUAUUUCGAUCAAGCAGAGUGAAUGCUUCCUGGUGAGGGAUCAACUACGCUUGCACCCCACUACAAUACCGUUAUUGGUGCUGCCAUGAGGAAGACAAUCUAAAGUCCCAUCUCGCGUCCAUUGGCCCAUUCCAUGUCAGAGAGCAGUGACUCUCAGCAUUACCUCUAUUCAACCCUGGACGGGCGGGAACGGUCCCGCGAAAGGGUCGGCCUUCAAGGGGAGGAAGGAGAACUUUCCCCGUGCUCCGCCAUCAGCCAACUUCACCGUAUGGCCAGCAGUUACAGCGAGGGUUGUGGCAGGAGGGAUGGGGGCGACAUGGAGCCAGAGUUGAGCUUGGCUUCAGAAGGCAGCGACAGCAGCCAAGAGCACCCUGCCUCGCCUGGUUCUCCCCACGAUGAAAGGAAGCGGACACGCUUACACGAAGAUGUAGAGAUGGCCGGCUCAAGUGGGAGUGGGACUGAGUCCCAUGGCAACGAAUCGCACGGAAAUGAGUCUCACGGCAAUGAAUCUGUGGGCAGCUCAAAUGGAAACGGGAAAGAUUCCGCUAUCCACGAGUCAUCGGGAAGCAACAAAAGCUCAAACUCUCACAGCCCCUCGCCACCAAGCAGCUCCAAUGCCUUCAGUCUGGUGAGCUCCGAGCAGGACAAUCCAUCUACUAGUGGUUGCAGCAGCGAACAGUCGGCGAAAGCGAAGACACAGAAGGAGCUCUUCAAGACCCUUAAGGAACUGAAGAUGCAUUUGCCCAAGGAGAAGAGGAACAAGGGCAAAUCUACCACUGUCAACACACUCAAAUAUGCUCUACGGUGUGUCAAGCAGGUGAAAGCCAACGAGGAGUAUUACCAGAUGCUGAUGAUCAACGACAGCCAACCACCUGGUUUUGACGUGUCGUCUUACAGCAUUGAGGAGAUCAACAGCAUCACUUCUGAAUACACCCUCAGAAACACUGACAUAUUUGCUGUGGCUGUCUCACUAAUCACAGGGAAAAUAGUUUACAUCUCCGAUCAGGCGGCGACCAUCUUAAACUGCAAGCGUGAGGUGUUCCAUAAUGCCAAGUUUGUGGAAUUCUUGACGCCUCAGGACGUGAGCGUGUUCUACAGCUUCACGACUCCUUACCGCUUGCCCUCGUGGAGCAUGUGCACUGGAGCAGAGUCUUCUCCCACGGAGUGCAUGCAGGAGAAAUCCUUCUUUUGCCGCAUCAGUGGCGGGAAGGAACACUAUGGGGACAUGCAGUACUACCCAUUCCGCAUGACUCCUUACCUAAUGAAAGUUCAAGAUGCGGAAUUGUCUGAGGAACAGUUCUGCUGCCUCCUGCUGGCAGAAAGGGUGCACUCCGGUUAUGAAGCACCCAGAAUCCCUUCUGACAAGCGCAUUUUCACCACCACACACACCCCUAACUGUGUUUUUCAGGAUGUGGAUGAAAGGGCUGUUCCGCUGCUGGGUUAUCUCCCCCAGGACUUGAUCGGGACACCUGUACUCCUCAAUCUCCACCCGAGUGACAGGCCUAUCAUGCUGGCCGUGCAUCGCAAGAUUCUAAAGUAUGCUGGCCAGCCUUUUGACCACUCCUCAAUCCGUUUCUGCGCAAGAAAUGGCGAAUACGUUACAAUCGACACCAGCUGGUCCAGCUUUGUCAACCCAUGGAGCCGCAAAGUUUCAUUUGUCAUCGGCAGGCACAAAGUCCGCAUGGGUCCUGUGAAUGAAGAUGUUUUUGCACCCCUGGCUUUGAAUGAAGGGAAGAUGAUGGACUCAGACAUCCAAGAAAUUAGUGAGCAGAUCCACAGGCUUCUCCUACAACCGGUUCACAACAUGGGAUCCAGUGGUUAUGGUAGCCACGGCAGCAACGGUUCUCAC